AUGCCACCUACUCUAGAAUUCGCGUUCACUCUACACGUGGACCUAUCACCAGCUCUUGAAUUUGGAGAUACACCAUGUGGAUCCCGAAAAUUUAUCCCGAUCACAGGAGGAACAGUCGAAGGCCCGAAGUUGACAGCCACUAUUCUCCCGGGAGGUGGAGACUGGAAUGUUCUCCGGCAGGAUGGAAUCGGGCACCUCUUUGCGAAAUACACUAUCGAGUCUUCCGACGGAGUUCCCAUCAGUGUCACGAAUGAAGGAUGGAUUCGAAAAUUCCGAAGAAACGAUGGAUCUGAGAAGGUCGCUGAGGAUCAGUGGUACGCGAAGACCAACCCCCGAUUUGAAGUUCGUAGCGGCCCUUAUGACUGGUUGAAUCGGACUGUUUUUGUGGGCGAGCUUCGUAAACCCAAUAUUCCGAAUCAUGUUGAUAUUGAUGUCUACUCUGUUGAAUGA